AUGAAUCCGAGCCAUUUGCGUUCUCAUAUCGCUUUAGUCUCACAGGAGCCAAUUUUGUUCGACACCUCAAUCAGGGAGAACAUUGUGUAUGGCCUUCCUGCUGGCUCGGUGACAGAAGCUAUGAUCAUAGAAGUGGCUCAAAGGGCUAACAUUCACAAGUUCAUCAGUGAACUGCCUGAUGGAACACAGCUCUCUGGAGGUCAGAAACAACGAAUUGCCAUUGCUCGCGCGCUUAUUAGAAAUCCGAAAAUUCUUCUCCUUGACGAGGCCACAAGUGCUUUGGAUACGGAAAGCGAAAAGGGAACACAGCUCUCUGGAGGUCAGAAGCAACGAAUUGCCAUAGCUCGUGCGCUUAUAAGAAAUCCGAAAAUUCUCCUCCUUGACGAGGCCACAAGUGCUUUGGAUACGGAAAGUGAAAAGGUUGUCUAUUUUUUUUUGCCAGAGGCUUAUUCCGGAGAAUGUCUAUGUGACAACUUGUAG